UUAUGUCCAUCAGCAGCAGCAUAACAAAAGACGUAGUUGCAGCUUCAGUUUGGUUUCAGCCUCCAGGGGUUCAGUAGGGGAAGAGGCAGAAAGGUUGAAGUGAUAAUGAAUCGUCCAAGUGCGGUGGUAGGUUGCUAAUCUUCGCUGGUUACAGACAACCCACAUUUACGCGGAACAUAUCAGAACCGAGAGAAGCCUACAUGAUGUGAAUGUGAUAAAGCGAGCUGCAACGGAACCUACGUUCGAGACGGAACAAGUGUCCACUGCUAUUGUGAUCUUUCUGUGAUCGCGAAAAACUUUGUUUGCGGCAGACGUCCGAAUAGUUUGUGCGAAACGACGUAUAUUUGUCAGGUGUGUUGCCGACUGAUUAUCACACCGGCUGUGAUCCAAGUGUGCUAGAAAUGUAAGCUUGUGUAUGGUUGCCUUUAUCGCGCACUUCAGAAUAGUGUUGUUAGAUUUUCACUGUUAAUAAUUAGUGGAACGUUAGCUAUCAAACAUUGAACGUGCGUUUUGCCCGGUGGAUAGAGCGUGAGUUCCAAGAAGAAACAGACUUACUUCAAUUGCCGGUUGGCGCCGUGAAAGGAUCCGUGCGAAGGGAAUUCGCCUGCAGGAGCAUACUUUAUUGCGUAGCUUUUGAACUUCAACCUUCUCAGCCAGCACCAUGUGGACCCCAUCGUAUGACAUCAUAAUCGAAACAUUGACCGGAUCCGAGUUCGAGGUGACGGUCAACGAUCGAGACACAGUUGGAUAUCUGAAGGCGGAAAUUCAAAAAUAUGAAGGCAUUCCGAUCAGCCAGCAGCAUUUGCUGUACAAUCACAAGGAGCUGAGCGACACGAUGGAGAUGAAAGAUAUCCCGCUGGUGAAGGGUUCACGCGUGAAGCUUGUUCUCGGCAUGAAGGGAGGUCCAAUCUCCUCCAAGCGACUUUUCACAAUAUCCUCAGAUUACGACAACUGGCUUGAUAUGAGCGAUGUACUCUCCGGCGAAGAUUUAAUAAACCUACAGAGUCCAGGAUUGAAGCUUCUGCUCUACAAAGACAGCAAAAAGAACGUCCAUCGAUUGAUGAAGGUUCGAGCAGAAAAAAGUUGCGAUUCCAUGAAGGGGUCUAUGUCGCGUUCCAUUAUUGGAAGCGGCGCCUCCGGGCAGGGUGCAUAUGGUCCCGGGAACCUCAUCAGCCAGAAAGAACGUGAUGCUGCAAUAACUAAGCAGAAAAUGGAUCAAAUUAAGGCUAAGUUAAGUAUGAAAAAGAAAAGACUCGGCGGCACGCAGGUUAAUAAAGAGGAAGAAAAUGAACAUCAGCAACAACCGAAAUCAAUAGAACAGUUAGAAGAUCGUGCCGGAUUUGGUGCGAACGAUUUUGCCGAGGGCGGCAGCAGCAAGGCAAUUCGCAAUCCGACCCAACAGUAUAGACACAAGAAACGGCAUCACCACUAUCACCAUCAUCAGCAUCAUCAUCAUCAUCAGCAACACCCGCAUCAACAUGAGACUGUUAUCAAAGAGGAAAAGACACCCAUAGGCUAUCGGCCAGGAACUGCAGGGAGUGGAGGUGGUGCAGCGCUUGUAGCCAGUGGACACAACGCUUCCAUGGUGGGAGCGAUCGGAUCCAUGUUACCAAGUGCCGGAACAGCCAGUGCCGCACACCGCAAAUCCAUGCCCACUGUGAUUGAUAUUGGCCGGUCGGAGCAAGAACAGGCUAUACCGCCCAUUAGCUACGGGCUGGUCAACCUGGUGCACGGUACGACGGCCGCUACUACUGCGGGGCGUUCGCCAACCUUGGAGCUAGAAAAACGGUCCCAAAUUCGAGAACAUCUGCAGAGAAACCGUUCCUUCAAAACUAUUAGCGCAAAAAAUUUGGAUUUUGUACGCGAAGGUUCGCCACAUGUUAGCGGUGGUGGCUUAAGCGAUCGGCACUCCGGAUCGGCCGGUCUUGAACGAUCACUAUCGUUCCAUUCGAAUGGCAUAUUGAGCCGAAUGGGAUCAGAAACUACACUAGAUAGCGGUUACAGCAACAUUCGGCGCUGUACCGCUGGUAGCCAAUUGCGUAAUAAUCACGCCAGUCUAGGCACACGGCACGCCGGAAGUGGAGGAGGAGGAGGUGGAGCAUGUACGACACAGUCGCUGCACAAGUUGGAUGAGAGUCGUGUAUCGUCCGCUUCGUUGCAUGACCUUAUCGAAUUGCUGAAAUACACACAAUCAAAACAGCGCACCAUUUCCAACGAUUCGCUCAAUAAGCUGAUGCUGAACUACUCGAAGAAAGUGUACGUGCCGCACCAUCUGUAUCAUCAUACGCAGACGGGUAAAAAAUCUCUUCCAGAGAUAAAUCCCUCUUUGAACAACAUCGAUGAGUAUUUGCCAGACUACGACUUCGGGUUGAAGACAUCUUCCGGCACGGCCUCAGCAACUACUACUGCUAGUGCCGCCGCUGGCGCUAUACCGAAGAUGGCGACGAGAAGCGAAGAUUCAUUAGAUUGCAAGAUUGCUUCGGCAGAAUAUGCCUUCAAGAAUGCUGGCAGUGGAGGAAUGGACAAGUCGUUCCGCGCGCUAUACAAAGCAACAUCGGAGGAUAGCAGCGUUUACGAGCUUCCGAAAUUACUCAUCCGUGAAGAUUCGCCGGUCGAAUCGUUCCUUGGGUCUUACUCGCAGCUGGAAACAGUCGCAGCACGUCGCGGAGAGUCACCCAAAAAUAAUUUUACCGCCUCUAACCAUCUGCAAGAUAUUGAAGGACCCGAUUCACUCGAUCCCGAUACGCAAACCGUAAUGCCUGAACCGGGGUUGCUCGAACUAAGACCACUACCCAGCAGCUCAUCGGCUGCGAUUGUUGGCGAAACCAAGUUAGCAUCAGAAUCGCUGCUUCAAUUCGCGCAAAUAGCAGCCGAAAGCGUAAAAUCAAGCCAGACAACCGCCACAUCGUUAAGCUCGAGUUCGCUGUUCGGCAGCAACAGUAGUUUAACUGGUACGGCGGUCGGUGGCGACAGUAUAAGCUUUGCAGGUACUGCAGUGAACGGCAGCGGAAGUUCGUCUGCUGCCUGGUGCCAACACUGGAACCAUCGGCAAGAACAUCAGCAACCGCACGACGGUAAUUUUGCUAGUUCAAGCGUUUCGCAUUUGAUUAAUCCCCGGCGCCAUCAUUCGGAUUUGGAUAUCAGCGAGCUAGAGUUGAAGUUUAUCAAUACCGAUGCGAAUGUGUCGAAUCGUGUUCCCGAAUGUGGUAUCGCAACGAAUGACACAGUCGACCACACGAACCUUAUCAAGCUUCCGGCGAUACCGAACCUGGGCACAGAUAACGGCUGGCUCCAGCUAUCAUCGUGGGACACUGUGCGUUUCGGGCGGGAGGACGAAGAUGCGGACGACGAGGAAGUGGUGGACGAGGAAGACAUACCCGACCACGAGGAAGUUGGUCACGACGAGGAAGAUGAUGAAGAAGAGGAGGAAGAGGACAAUGAGCAGGAUCGAGACCGAGUUACAUCAUCAUCGUGCUCUUCCAUACGAAGACCGCGCGAAUCUUCGAACUCGACCAGUUUCAUUCAUAGUCACCUCUCGAUAUCAUCCGAUGAGGAUGAUCUGCUGAACGUUGCAGAAAUGCGAGAUGGUGCUGGCGUAGUCGGAGGUGCCUACAAACCAGGCGGUAACAAAUCGAAAUCGAUCGACCUAAACGAAUUUCGCAAAGCGUUCGGUAGCAGUCCCACCCUUCUGAACGGGUUUCGUGGAGGGGCGAGUUGUACCCGGCUUGUACCACAGCUCUCUCGUCUCGAAACAAUUCCCUCGCAAUACAGGCGAGGCUACACCAACCUGAACGAUGCGUGCCUCUCGAGUUCUACCUCGGAACUGGAGUGUGUUAGCAACGGAGCGGCCAAGAAAAAGCAUCCAGGAUUGUUGCCACCACCGAGCGACGAUUCGAGCGUUCUUUCAUCGGCAUUGCUGAAGUACCGCAAAGAUGGCAGUGUUCCUUACGUGCGAAGUAAUGAAAAUUUAAAUCGCUACAAGAUUUCGUUGUGCACGGGCACUACGGCACGUCGACGAAUGGGCGAUAGUGAUGAAGCUCUUGCCGGGAGCGAUGCCUUGUACCUGAGGCAGCGUCAACAGUCGAUAGGCGCCGGUCGACAUUUGCCAAGCAUUCGCGAUCAUCUAGCCAGCAUCGCAGAUUCGGAAGCAAACGAAUCGGCGGAUGGCGCUUGCAACGGUAACAAAAGCGUUAAUGGAUCCAAUGAAAAUGCCAACCCGAAUCGAGCAUUCGUGGUUGGUAGUGAUUUUGAGAGUAGAUUUUCAAGAUUAAGUUGCUGUUCGGCUCCAAGCGGAGAUGUUCCUUCGAAGCCAUUCUCUCCCGGUGGUAAUAGACCUGCGGGAUCAUCGAACUAUCGUGCGAAGGAACAUUCGUCGACGGUCGGUAGUAGUGCAGGACUAAUGCGAACCACAUCAACUGCUGAUGAUCGGAGUCGCUUCUUGUUUGGCGAGGACGCAACCUCAUCGUUGCAGUAUAAUGGAAGCUCAUCCUCGACACAUCUCAAACCGACGGACUAUUACUUCCCUUCGGACGAAAGUUUGUUCAACAUGGAUUCGUUUUUUGACGAUUUCGUUGAGAUUGACACUAGCGACAUAUUCGAAAGUACCGAAUUUAUCAACAUCAAUUCUGGUGGCUCUGCAGGAAGCAAAUGUGAUACUUCCUCCAACGCUUCGACUACCCUUGUGCUGCCCGAUAUACAUCCGAAGCAGCAGCAUCCGCAGCAGCCUCCAUCGCAGCAACACUUGAAUCAUCAUACAUUGCAACGUUCACAGUACGGUGUCAACGAGAACUUGGAACUGCAACAGCACCAGCUGCGGGUUCUUCGAAAUUUGAAGUCGUUCACCGCUACAAGUACCGAUGAUGCUCGAAGGCAAUACUUCCGAGCAGGAAACGGUCAGGGCAGCUCAUCAGUAACGGAUUCCGACGGUGUUGCAGAGGGAGGUAUACACUUUUCCGCCCACCGAGCCUUCCUGCAAGCGGGCCAGAAUGUGCGGGACGCAGAGGAGGAAGGUAUCGCUUCAAUCAUUCAACACAUCGAUCAAGAACGGCUGUGUGAACAGCGCACAUCGUCAUUGCCACCAGAUGCGACGAUGGCAUCUUCCAUAAUCUUUCACGAUGAUAGUGAAAGACUGCUAAGGCUCACGGACUAUCCGGCCGAUCGGAACCUGCAAGUUGGUACCGGUGGAACAAAUGCAAACGCAGCCCAACAUCACACGACGGAACAGAUCAAAUCGAAGAAGCUGCGGUGCGCUCAGUGCAACAAGAAGCUGGGCGUCAUCAUGAUCAUGAAGUGUCACUGUGAGAAAAUUUUCUGCGCCCAGCAUCGAUACGCCGAGGCACACAACUGUUCGUACGAUUUCAAAGUUGAGGGCCGUAAGGUGCUUGAGAAGAAUAAUCCCCUUGUUGUGGCGGAUAAGUUACCGAAGAUUUAAGGAUACGAAUAGCCGCGGUCUACUGUGUAGCCAGCAUUGAAAGCACCGUAUUAUAUAUGUCGGAUUUGGUGUGGCAUGUGAUUAUGGUUUUGUGUGAAGCGUUUAAACUAUUAUAUGUGAUUCGCAAUCGUGUGUGCGUCGUGUACAAGUGUUAGGGAAUGAGAAUAUUGAAGGCUGCUUGUAAUAUAACUGCUGCUGCAAACAAAAAAAAGGAAAAUGAUACCCAAUUCGAUCUCCAGUAACACAAAGUUAGAGCUCGUUGCUUAUCAUCAACUUUUCUUUUGUGUUCGAAUUAUUAUUAUUAUUUCGAGAUUAUUAAACAAUGAAAAUCGCAUGUUCCAGUCAGAUGUCUGGGAUACAUGUGCAUCUGUCUGGUGGUGUGUUAGCUUUUGUUGUUCAAGGUAUGGAUGUAGGUUCUUCUGUAGUACUUCAAUCCGUAAAGCUUGGAUUGCUAAGCAGGCCUUGGAUAAACUUAACAGCUUCAUAGAGUUUCACAAGACUCUUUUGAGACACUGUACUUUUGACACAUAGGAUGCCUUUGCUUAAGGACCUGUAGAGUCCGUAGAACCCUUGGUAUUUCCAAACACCAUAUUUUCCUCUAUCAAGUAAAGGGAAGCUGCCCAUUCAUCUUUCGUAAUGUGUUUUUUUUAAUGCUUCUCCAACAGCGUGGCAGUAAUUGUGUAGUUACUGUAAAGCUGCGCUCAAACGUAUGUAUGUAUGCAACAGCUGUAUCUGGGCUGUACGAACAAGGUUUGCGUGUAGUUUACCUAUUUACUCACUGCAUUGAACUGGGUGGUGGAAUGUAUCGGGGUUUAAAAGAUAACUAAAAUUAGUCAUCUGUUGUUGGAGAGUUUGUUAAGUAUGAUAAUUUGAUUACCGUAUAUUUUAGUCAGUAUAUGGCAUAGCAUUAGUACACCGGGUGUGGUAUUGAAGAAAAACAAACAAAUAACCACUAGCACAGGAUAGAUAGCAAUCGCUAUUACACACUGCAAAUCUAAAAGACACCAUACGAAUGAUUUUGCGUCUACCAAUAUAUGUACAACGUCAACGCAAAUAUCGUGAGAGUUUACACACACACACACCCACAUCCAUAUUUCGUGAUGCAUCAGAAAUAAUGGCUUUAUUUAACAUUAGUGUACAUACAAUGUCGUACCGUGUACGAUCGAAAUACGUUAUGCUAGUGUAAUUUGUAGGUAGCAAUACUAAAGGGCUUGGUAUGUAGCGUAGUUCAGAAAAUUUUGUUUUUUUUUGUAUGUUCGGCUCACGUUGUUCAGGAUCUGCUUGUUUCAUGGUAACCUUUACGUUGGGUCAC